GCCAGCCUUAUUACCUGCACCACUGCGCACGGUCCACCUUAGCUUGCUCUCAACCUCGCCUUCGCUCUGCUGUCGCCUCCGACAACUGCUAAUUGCUCCUCCUCCACCGCUCCUUAGUCUACUAGGUCUGAGUAUCUGAAUCAUGCUCCCCGCAAGGCGUAACAAGAUCGACAUCAGUACAUUGACGGAGGAGGAGCAGAAGCUCUUCCGUUUGUAUGGCAAGCUGCCAACCCACAAGAAUGUUUUGAACAAGAUGCAGAAGGAUCGGAAAUUCUUUGAUUCUGGGGAUUAUGCCCUCUCCAAGGCCGGUAAAGCUCCACAGAACACAGUUGGCACUGCGAUCCCGAACCCCGAAAACAUCCCUCACGCAGCCACUCCGCCUAACAACAGUGGCCAUCAGGGUCUCUCAGUUUCUCCUACGAGCAGCACAAGCCCCGUCAAGGAGAGCUCACUAGCCCAAGAUCCUACGGAAGAAGGGGAACAAACGAAGGAAGAGCAGCCAGCUGAGCAAGAGGCAGCACCCGAGGCCGCUCCUGAACCAGUGGUCGAGAGUGAAGCAUAGACAUUCACGUAUCAUCGCCAGUUUUGGCACCGUUUCGCUUUCGCUCGCCAUCUCUCUUUCGCCAGGCACGUCUGGUUCCCUCACGAGUCUGUUGCAACCCCAACUCGGUAUAACAUGCGCUAUGAUUUCCCCAGCUUCGCCGCUAUCGUACCUGUAUUGAAUAAAGCUAUUGCUUGUGUAUCGCUCACGCCCGACGCACAUCUGGUCGGUACUACAGAUGUUGAUAAUAAUACUACCACUAGCACCCUCCAAUACCUAUGCCAAUCAGAACUCA